AAGAAAACAUAUACUCAAGCAGCUGAAUCUGCUGUCUCUAAAUCUGCUAUCUCAAAAUCAGCUCAAAAUCCUGAGAAAACUGAGAACAAUACUGCUCAUACUUCUAUUCAUAAAAAAGUGAAAAAAAAAUAUAUGAACACUUUACAAUCUCUUAUUUUAGAGACUCAAAAUAUGCAUUCUGUGCUAGAGAUUACAAAACUAGUGAGUAUAAAU